AUGUAUUUGGAAUAUUCAUUUGGAUUUCCACAAGUGUUGCGAAGAUUCCUUAAAGAUGUGCUUAAUGCCAUUGCGUACAUGUUUUUCCUUACUACUAAAUGUCGUGUUACGAUGAAAGACAAAUAUAAAGUUACCCAUCAAGCGUGCGUCGAAUAUCUUACUUUGUGUGGGAUGACAUCGAGAAUGUUUUAUGUGAAUGAUGAACUUGGAAAAAAUCACCCAGACGUGCCGAAACAACUCCCCCUUCUUUCCUUUGAUCAGCCCGAUGAGCAAAGUGGCGACUUUUUGCCAUUGGACUUAACACAAACGGUUAAUUCAGUUUCAUUUUUUGUAACUCAAAGCAGAACACAGGAAGACAAAGCAAGAACGGUAUUAGGAGGGGUAAAUGUUCUUGACAAAUAUAUAGAACAUCUCAAAGAACGAUCAUAUGCAUUGGAAAAGAGCACUAAUAUUUCCACUUAUAUCAAAAAAGUUUCCACUUAUAUCAAAAAAGUCCAAGAAAUGGAGACACUAUUUCCAAAAGGCAGUCUGGAGGAGGACAAAAACCCUGAGUAAGUGAUAGGUGGAACAUUUUCAGUGGAUCACCACUUAUUGUGAUUAUCACAUUUUAUGCAGUAUUUUUCAUUUCCUCAUUCUAAUUAAUAAAACUAUGAUAUAAUAAGAAGCAGUGUGGUUGUGUGUGCUACUAAUGAAUAGAUAUAAGUAGUAUAUGUAUUAAUUAUGCCUAAUAUCAAACAGACUUUGGGAUCUAC